GUUUGUGCCGUUGGUAUCACCAACUUGGUGAAGUGUCAAAAUAGACGCUGAUAAAAAGUGUUUGUAAAUAAUGCAUUUAAAAUGAAUUUGCACACUAUUUUUCAAGAUUUUAACCCCAGUAAAUUUGUGGUGCAUACUUGUUUGUUCAUAUUCACGGCCCUGUUCGCUUUAAGAUUGGAUAAUCGCGUGACAUGGUCGUAUUGGACGGUAUUUACCCCUAUCUGGGUUUGGAAGGUGUUGGUUAUAACAGGGGCAACAGUUGGCAGCUAUGUUUGGUGGCGAUAUCCACACUUUAGAUUGGAGGGGGAAGCGUAUAUUCACUAUAAAUCGAUGCUCAUAUCUUUGGCGUUGCAUCUUAUUUUAUUGAUGUUUGAGUUGUUGGUUUGUGAUAAGUUGGAGUCUUCUAGACACUUGUGGACGCUAGUUUUUAUCCCGUUGAUUUUUAUUUCCAUAGUUAGCAUAGCCAUUAGCAUAUGGGCGGUAAAACACGAUAGAAGUUUCGAGCUUGAAUUAUUUUGUGCGGUUAAUGUUCUGCAAUUUAUAUUUUUGGCGUUGAGAUUGGAUGGGUUCAUCACGUGGUCUUGGGAGGUGGUUUUCGUGCCGCUGUGGAUAGUGAUGUGUCUUUCGUUGGUUGGUGUUUUGUACACGAUUAUUUUUGCGGCCAUUCUCUUCAGGACCCCCGAAGUGAACGCGCAGCAGAGGCGGAGCAGUUUUCAGUCGGCCGUGGGGUACACUUUUUUGGUUAUCCCAAUUCUGAUUUUUCAAGUGUUGUUGGCCAAUAAACUGGACGACGACAUAAAGAUGUCGUACAUUGCGGUGGUCAGUCCGUUGUUCAUAUCAUUUUUCACGCUUAUUUUAAUGUCUUUUAGUGCCAAAGGAGGUAACAAAUGGUGGUUCGGUAUGAGAAAGGACUUCUGCUCUUUCGUGCUGGGUAUGUGUCCGCUGCUUCAGGAGUACGCCAACAUAGCUUACCAUUCGGAACGGCGCGCCAAUGGCGUAGAACUCCAGCAAGUGGACAAAAACGACAAGUAUAACCUUAAAAAGAACGACCACCUGAAACCGGUGCUUCCGAUAGUAUCGAUCGAGACCCCAGACUGAACAAAAACAAAACAUAAAACAAACGACAACGCCGCAAAUCGAAGAAAUAAACAAAAAGAGUUCGAAACAAACGUUUUUAGGCGCGAUAGUAGACUUUACAAGGCAGCUUUUGUACAUAAUAUUAAAUCAUACGUCUUUUUAGUUAUUUUAAUUGAUCUUCCAUUUAAUUUAAUGAUUUUUUAAUAUACUAUACUGUAUUAGUGGAAAAAGUGAGGUUAGACACGUCUGGCAGAUUGGUAAAAAGUUAGGUUAAAAUCGCUUGACAGUUGUCAGAUAAAAUGAGUAUUUAUUUUAAAACACUUUACUGUAUACAAUAUUUGCCCUAACAAACAAAUUAGAUGUACGCGCUCAAUAUUUUGUACAAAAUUAUUUUAUGCAUAUUGUAAUUUAUUUUAAGUUAUUGCUAGGUUACAGCAGAUACAAAUUCCGUGGUAGUAUGUUAAAAAAAAUGUGAUAAAAUUUGAGUUUUUGUGCCAAUUAUAUGAAUUAAUUAAGUUCUACUUACUAAUAAAUCAAUAAACCUAUUUUACUCCCUAUUCCUAUCAAACAUAACAUAUCCCUUCACUUGAAUUUGAAUUGCUUAACAAUCCG